CAGCCCAGUGCCUCCAGGAAGGGCAGCAAGCAGAUCAAUCCCCAAGACUCGGAACGUCCUGGACACAAAACAACACAAGGAACAAGUCAUGACAUUGAGCGACGGCAUCGCACGUAAUCCAUAAUGUUUUCUUCUUCCGGCGGCGGCAAGAAGGCCCCUGCCCAGGAGAUGGUGCAAGUCGGUGCGUGCCUGGGCCAGACCAACGCCAUCCAAUCCAUGGUUUUUAGCUGACUUGACUUCUGUGUGAAUGCCAGACAGGUCCGACGCUGCCUCGCCCUUCUGGAGGGCCCCUCCCCCUCCCGCUGCCCGAGACGCCCCGCCUCCGAAGAAGACGACACGCGACUCGAGCCUCGUGGUCGGCGCCGCCUAUUCCCACGCCGACAUGCUCAAGUUCGACUCGCUGAAUCUUUCAAGCUCCGGCUCGCGUCCAAGGACCCCGCCAUCCGCCACGCCGGGCCACGAGCGAACGGGUUCGGCGAGCUCUCCGUCUCGAAAGACCAGUACCAGGGCCGGCUCACCGCCGUUCAAGUCGUACAUGAGCUUUCUCUCCAACACCAACGAUGACUGGACCUUGGACGAGGCCGAGGAUAUGUACGGGUACGAGUCGGACGACGGCGACGAUUUCGGACUGCCGAGUCUGUCCAACAUGAAGCGGAGGACAAGGAGGAAGGCCGAGCAGAGCAGAGCGCAGACCGACAACGGACUUGGCCACGAUGACGAUGACGACGCUGCUGUCAAGGAGCAGCUUCGGCGACGAAAUUCAGACAGCGCCGACAUCGCCAUCGAGCGGCCCAUGUCCAUGUACCCAAUGCCCAAGAAGAGCGAGGGCAAGAUCUUGCGGCCGCAGUACAAAGAUAUACUGCGCGACCCGGCAAACGCCCUGCACCUCAUCAACUACCCCUCAAUACCGCCCAACGCCACGCCCAAGGAAAUCGACGCCAUCAACUCGAGAAUAACGAGGAUAAACAAGUUCAAGAGGCUGCUGCAGGCCUCAACAAUACCCCUGUCCGACCUCCGGGCGCUGGCAUGGUCCGGCGUGCCGGAGGAAGUCCGCGCCAUGACCUGGCAGCUGCUCCUCAGCUAUCUCCCCACCAGCAGCGAGAGGCGGGUCGCGACGCUGGAGCGGAAACGAAAGGAGUAUCUCGAUGGGGUACGGCAAGCCUUCGAUAAAGGGGGCGGGGCGGGCGGCACCACCCCGACCCCGUCCGGGCGCGGCGGCCGCGGGCUCGACGAAGCGAUCUGGCACCAGAUCAGCAUCGACGUGCCUCGCACCAACCCGCACAUCGAGCUGUACGGCUACGAGGCGACACAGCGCUCGCUCGAGCGCAUCUUGUACGUCUGGGCCGUCCGGCACCCCGCAAGCGGGUACGUGCAGGGCAUCAACGACCUGGUCACGCCCUUCUGGCAGGUCUUCCUGGGGAUGUACAUCACGGACCCGGACAUCGAGAGCGGCAUGGAUCCCGGGCAGCUGCCCAAGGCCGUGCUGGACGCGGUCGAGGCCGACUCGUUCUGGUGCCUGACGAAGCUGCUGGACGGCAUCCAGGACCACUACAUCGUCGCGCAGCCGGGCAUCCAGCGGCAGGUGUCCGCGCUGCGGGACCUCACGGCGAGGAUUGACGCCGGGCUGGCGAAGCACCUGGAGAAGGAGAACGUCGAGUUCAUCCAGUUCAGCUUCCGCUGGAUGAACUGCUUGCUGAUGCGGGAGAUCAGCGUCAAGAACACCAUCCGGAUGUGGGAUACCUACAUGGCCGAAGAGCAAGGCUUCUCCGAGUUCCACCUCUACGUGUGCGCCGCCUUCCUGGUCAAGUGGUCCGACAAGCUGGUCCGCAUGGACUUCCAGGAGAUCAUGAUGUUCCUGCAGUCGCUGCCCACGCGCGGCUGGACCGAGAAGGACAUCGAGCUGCUGCUCAGCGAGGCCUACAUCUGGCAGAGCCUGUUCAAGGGCUCGUCGGCCCACCUGCGCGGCGGCGGCGGCGGCGCCGAGAACAGCAGCAGCAGCAGCAGCAACGGCGGCCUCGGGCCAGGGGCCAGGGGCGGCGCGCAGGUGACGAAUUUUCAGCUCUGAUUGUCAUGCGGGCGGUCGUUCGGUCAGUGGUGUAUAUAGCGUUGCCAUUUUUCUUUGCUCUAUACAAUCCACUUUUCGUGGCACAUCGUGGUGUUGGCCGGCGAGCGGGUGGGCGUUUGGCACGGGAAGCCAACAGCAGGCAUGACUGAGCCCUUGCAGCAUUUGAGAGGAGCGGAUCAGGAUAGCAUCUAUAAUAAUACCCGAGAGUUCAGGAGACGUAAGAAG